AUGACCAAAGAACGACUCUGUUGUGGACUUAACAUUUUCGAGAUGUUCCUGAGAAGAAUUCGGCAGAUGCUUUUGGAUGACUCGGUUUUCACGGGCGGAUAUCCACCAAAUGGAGUAAUGUGGGUCGAUGAAUGUGUAGAAUUUCAUCGAGUAUGGUCUGCUCUUCAGUUUUUCAUUUGUCAACCUCGUGUCACUGAUGACGACAGACUUGUAGAGGAACUGUUCGGCGAUUCACUGCAGUGGGCUGGCAUGUCUAUAAUCGCUUUGUUGUCACAACAUAGACGUUUCGAAGUCCUCGAUUUCUCUUAUCACCUUCAUCGAAUUCAGAAGUUUGACGGAAAGGACGAUACUGUUAAUGGAGUUCGUUUGAGUCGUAUGGUGGAAAGAAUUCGGCGUUUCCAGCUGCUGAACUCACAGAUUCUUACGAUUCUUGGCAAUUUCUUGACAGCAAACGAAGAGUAUGAGGAGGAGCACGUGCGAGAGUUCAUGCCACCUACACAUCCCUCUCUUACUUCACAGUUUCCGGUGGAAUCGUAG